AUGAAUUCGUCUAACAUGCAUAUGCAUAAACAUUUUUUUAUUUGGUGGAUUAUCUUCUUAUACAAAAUCAAUCAACAAGUUAUUACUUUUAGAAUUGUGAACAAUGAAUUUUUAAAAAAAGAAUUGACAACAGAAGAUUUUCCUGGUGCACGAAAAUAUGCACGCAACUGGACUUCGGGUGAUACAAUUGGGCAUGGUGUUUUUACAUACGAAGACGGAGGCCGAUACGAAGGAAACUUCAAACGUCGUGCUGGUAGAGAAGGAAAUGGCACUUUUUAUUUUGCUGAUGGACGAAAAUAUGUAGGCAGUUGGAUGAAUAAUCAACCGAAUGGACAAGGUAUUUUUACAUGGCCAGAUGGAAAUCGAUAUGAAGGUAGCUUUAAAGAUGGUAAAAUGCAUGGAAAUGGUGUUUUAUAUUAUACUGAUGGUCGAAAAUAUAUUGGUAAUUGGAUCUAUGGGAAAUCGAAUGGACCAAUCUGUGCUGAUGGUGGAAUUUGUCUUGAUAUUCUACAAAAGCGUUGGUCACCUACAUAUGGUGUUUCAGCUAUUCUGACUUCAAUUCAAAUUCGAUCAUUGUUAAUUAUGGAUGGUGAAUCAGAUGAUUCAGAUAUGAGUAUCAAUUCAGUUGAAGAAGAACAAGAAAUAAUAUCUUCAACAAUUUCUACUUCUACACCAACAGCAACAACAACGGCAGUUGAUCAUAAAAUGAAGAAAAAAAAAGGCGUUUUUAAAAAAGAUUGGCUUAAUGUGAAAGAAUAUUCAUCCUGGUUACAAGAAGUUAAAAAUGAUCAAACACAAGUUCGAUGUAAAGCAUGUUUAAAAUCAUUUAGUGUUCGAUGUGAUGGUAAAACAGCUCUUAAAAAACAUAUGAAUAGUGAUUUUCACAAAACAUGUAUGAAAUCUUUUUCCAACAAGCCAAUGAUUGUUCAUUAUGCACCUACAAUUAGUGAAUUACAAAAAGUUUCAGCAACUGAAGCUACACUUGUAUAUCAUGGUGUUAGACACGGCCACAGUUAUAUUUCACAACAGUGUACAAUAAAUCUAGUUAAAAAUUUAUUUGAAACAACUUCAACAAUUGCCAAAUCUUUAUCAUGUGCUAGAACAAAAUCAAGAGCUAUUGCUUGUAAUGUUUUAGCUCCAUACUUUACACGUCAGAAAGUUAAUGAAAUAUUAGAAGCUCGUUUCUAUUCAAUUUCGUUCGAUGCUUCAAAUAAAGGAAAUGUUAAAACUUAUCCAUUCGUUGUUCAAUAUUUCUCCGAUAUUGGUGUGAAGAGAGGUCUUCUUGAUUUUAUUGAAGAUUCACGUGAAACAGCACUUGAUAUAUUUAAUAAUACGAUUAAAGCCAUCGAAAAUCAUCAAUUACAAAUCCAAAAUUUGACCAGCAUUGGUGCUGAUAAUACCAAUGUGAACUUCGAAAACGUUUUAGUUGAUAUUCAACGUGCAGAAUUGAAGUUACAACAUGAACAUACAACAGCUGUUGAUCUUUAUCGAAUUAUUUCUGAUUUAAUUAAAAAAUUAGAACAACGACUAGAUGAUCAUUAUUUUGGCAAUAAAGCAUAUAUGAUACUCAAUUCAUUAAAAGAAUCUGAUAAGAAUAAAGCUGAAGAAUUACAACAAUCAUUUAAAUCAUUCAUCAAAGUUACUAUCGAAUAUAUUAAUUCAUAUUUUGAUGAAAAUCGCAAUUUCUAUGAAAAAUUAUCGGUUUUUGAUUGUCAUUCUCCUCGAUUUCUUAAAUGGGAAUAUAUAAUGGAUGUUCUUGAUCUGAUCAAGAUUGAUGAUUUACAUAAAGAUGAACUGUAUAAUGAAUACUGUGAAAUCAAAUUUAUGUACAAUAAUUUAAAAAAUAAAAAUGUGAAAUUGAACGAAUUAAUAAAAUCAUAUAUUUUAAAUAAAAAUGCUCAUAAUCCACAAUCAACAACAUACGAAGAAGAAAAUCUUUUAUGUAAUGAUAGUGAUAAUGAAGAUUUUUUGUUACAUGACAAUAUAGGCACAUACGAAAAUGUUCGUUCUGAUCAGUUAUGGUCCUAUUUAAUAGAUCUUAAAGGUGCAACACCUAACAUUAAAAAAAUUAUAUGUUACGUUUUUUCUAUUCCAUGUAGUAAUGCAUAUGUGGAAUCUAUAUUUAGUCAAAUGAAUCAUUUAUGGACCAAUUAUCGCAAUCGUAUGGAUAUCCAAUUAGUUGCAGCGGAAUUGCAAAUCCGAAAAAAUUCAAAUAUUUCAUGCAAUGAUUUUUACAAAUAUAUAAUAUCUCAACAAGAUCUAUUAAAAGCCAUAACAACAAAUGAUAAAUAUGAAACAAAAAAACUUAUUUUUACUACAAGUAAUACAAAUCAUAUAGUUAUUGUUGCAUAUACAUCAAUAAAAUAUGAUGAAAAUUUAAUUAUACCCGAUUGCACAAAUUUUAAUUUACGCGCACAUCAAAUAGAAGUUCGUCUUAUGUCAUGGAAUAUUCUAUAUGAAAAAACAGCAACUGUUGAUGAAAAAGGUGUGAUUUUUGUUUGGAUUAAACAUGAUAAUCGUUGGUCAUUAGAAUUCAUUAAUGAUCGUAAUCAUCCAGUUAUUGAUAUGUCAUGGUCACAUGAUGAGCGUAUGACUAUUAUUCGUUAUGAAGAUGGUUUUAUACUUGCUGAUUCAGUUACUGGACAAUGUUAUUGGUCAACUAUUUUAAAUAUUCCACAAGCGAAAAUUUCUGCUAUUACAUGGAUGCCUGAUGUUUCGCAUGUUAUUCUUAGUAUAACAGCAGGACAAUUAAUUAUAAUGGAUCAUCAUGGUAAUGUAAUAGAAAUUAUUUCAUUAUCAAUACAAUCAAUUAAAAACAACCCAAUGGAUAUAACAAAAUUUGUCAAUGAUGAUUAUAUUCUUGUUCGUAGUCUUGAAAAUGAACAAAUACUUUUUCUUAAUAAUUAUCAAGAUCAAUCAUCGAUUGUUGUUGAUACUGAACUUCAAAAUAUUAAAAUUGAUUGGUCAUCACCUGGAGAAAUAUUUACUGUUGGUGGACAUAAACAUUUAAAUGAUAUUAAUUAUACAAAUCAAAUUAUAUUUUAUACUCGUCGAAGAGAAUUUUUACAUCGUGUUUAUAUUCCACAACUCGUUUGUUGA